AUGUACAGUUGCCCAAGUUACGACCUUCUAUACGUUUGUAAGCCUUGUCGAAUCGGCUGUGAAAGUUGUGUAGACAAUUCACCGUGUCUAUCCCCCUACAAUUGGGCUUUCCGAACCUCUCUUCUGGUGAUCUCCAUGUUUUGCGUCGUGUUGACCAUCGUUCUAGCCUGGAAUAUUUAUCGUUACAGGAAACUGAAAGUCAUCAAAGUAGCUAGUCCUAUAUUCCUGUGUAUCACCCUCCUUGGCUGUGCCAUUAUGUACUCAGAGAUUGCAGCCAUAUUUCCUAUUCUUAACGUCUAUAGUUGCGUAGCUACCAAGUGGACACGUCACAUGGGUUUCUGUAUCACGUACAGCGCCCUCUUACUAAAAACAUGGAGGGUGUCGUUAACAUACCGGGUCAAAUCAGCCCACAAACUGAAACUGACUGACAAGCAACUUCUUCAGUGGUUGUUUCCAAUCCUUUUCAUUAUGGGUAUCUACUUGGGUUCAUGGACAAUUUCUUCUCCUCCCGAAGCCAUCUAUAUUGAAGACUGGUUCAACUUGAAGUUUCGUCAGUGUGAUUAUAACUGGUGGGAUCACAGUUUAGCUAUUGGAGAAUUUCUCUUUUUGCUCUGGGGUAUUCGUGUGUGCUAUAACGUUCGAAAUGCUGAGUCCUUCUUCAACGAAGCCAAACACAUAAGCUGGGCCAUCUGUAGUAUUACUUGUGUCAAUGUUAUCAUGGUUAUGAUACAUUUAGUGAUUCUACCGAAUGCUGAUCCUGACGUAAAAUACUUGUUCGGAUUCAUUCGGACUCAACUGACCACAACAAUCACCAUAAGUUUCAUCUUUGGGCCAAAGUUCUAUCGGGUAGUCAAGGGUCAAGGAGACACGUGGGACAAUCGCGCCCGUGCUCGUGGAGUAACGGCUUCCUUCUCGCUCAAUGGGGUGGGCCUGGUGCACGAGGAAACUACGGACCUGUUUCAAGAAAAUGAAGAACUCAAGGAAGAGGUUCAGAAACUGGCAGCACAAUUAGAGUUCAUGCGGAUAGCUCAUGUGGAAAUGAACAAUCGCCAUUUGAAAUCAAAGUAUGGCAGUUUUUUUAAACAAUCCAACACAACCCAGAGUCCAGUAAUCAAGUCUAUCUACAUGAAGUUUGACAGCACGGACUCUCCUGGGUCCAGAAUUUGUCCAGCUGCUGAGCUUAUCAGUGAACGAGUUUAGAAUUUUCAAUACUUGAAUGUCUAAGAAUUCCUUACUUAAAAAAAAAAUUAGAUGAACUAACUACAUCAAUCUGGUGUUUCAUGUCUUCCUAGUAGCCUGUGUUUACAAUUUUUAUUAAAGAUGACUUUGUUAUCUUAAGUGGCAGAAAGUAAUCUUUUGAUGUAAGCUGCUUACUGUAACAUGUUUUGUCCGGAUUAUGCGCUUUGUUCUGAAGGCUGAGACGUACUGGACAGAAGAUUAUCCGUCAUCCGGUAGAUAAACAACAAAAAGAUAUGUUUUUGUGAAAGAACAUUAUAUUAAAGGCAUCUACACAUUUUUCUCUGGACUCAUAGGUUAAUAUACUUGUUUACAAGUUAAAAAAAAACAACAACGGAAAAUUGUCUGUAAGCUACCAAGUAGAUUAUAUACGUUUGUAAAUCCAUAAUGAUUCAGCGUAUAUAACUGGGUACGAUUCAGUUAUCAUUUUCAGUGAUCAAGAUGUGUUUGUUGUUAUUUUCACUUGAGGAUUAUUACAUCUGAUUAGUUGUUCCUCUUUAGACAAUUUUUAUGAUCAAGUAUUAGGAAGGUAUACCUCGUUAGUUUAAACCAUUAAAAGUAAAUUCCUGGCGCUUUUUGAUUGGCUUGUAAAUUGUAAAAGUAAACUUUUUAAGUGACUAUGAAAAAGAAAAGCUCUUCAGGAUAACCAAAGUAAAAUAUUUAAUUAUUAUUAUUAUUGUGUAUGAAUACAUUACUCUAGUUGUUGUUUUUUUUGGGGGGGGGGGAGUAUCUGUCUGAACUGUAUACUGAUGACCUGAAUCAUAAUUCACAAACCUUAUUCGGCUUGAACUAGGUUUCAGUUUUCUUUUCAAAAACUAAUAAUUUUUAUCUACCCAAACAAAAGAAAAGAGAGAGAUCAGAAAGAUGAUGCUGUAAAGAAAAUAUAUUUCAGUUGUUAUACUCCACACUGCGAAGAACAUCAGUUUACUUGAACCAUAAGAGAAAAAAGAAUCCUCAAGUGACAUAACUUUUUGUCUGUUGUUAAUCUAACCAUUUUCAACCAACGCUACAAGGAUUGACAAGAACGGCAGUUUACAUUUGUAUAGCUCUGAGUAAGAGUCUGACGCAAUGCCAAUUGAGAUCUAAAUUCAUGUCUAAAUUCCUAUACUUUUAGAGUUUUUGUUUAAUCUGUCAUACUAAUUAUAUUCCAGGCUGGAGAACAAUCUAUGAUUUGCUGUGACGAGAAAAAAAAGUAUAUCUGUUUAAAUUCAAUUAGGUUUUCGUGGUCUUUUGAAUGGUAUUUAAAAAACUACAGAACAUUUGCAUGUUCUUAAUCAACUAAUUACAAA